AUCGCUCAUUGAAUCUAUGGGCUUUGUAUAAACUAAUCACUAAUUUGGUUGGAAUAGGUUCAACCGACGAGAGUUGGCGCCAAACCAUAGUUCUUUUUUUCGUUUACUAAUAUCAAUCAGACUUCUCGCCCAUUGAAUAUAUCAACAAAAAAACAGGCUUGAAUGAGAAUCUUGUUUCGCUCUGCCAGUUCCGAAUGGUAGUUAGCGCAUCAGACUACCACACAUUUAAAUUUUUGUUUAUUCUAGUCUCAAAUUCUCUACCUAACUCUUCUUCCAAAUUGGAAGAUAGGUAGUCGAUUGUCAUCAUGAAUCAGUUCAGUACACAUUUUCAAUUCGUGCUCUUCGGUCGGUCAGAGAGCGCGUAUCGGUUUAAGCUCAGAAGAGAACGAACAAAAUGUUCGAGUCGCUUGCUUUGAUUGUUCCUGUCGCAGCCUUCUUAGUUUACCUUUGGAGUAUCGCUACAUACAACUAUUUCAAGAAACGGAAGAUCCCCUUUGUCAAACCCUACCCACUAAUCGGUGGAUUAUGGCCUGCUUUGACUGGGAAAGUUCUUCCACUGGAAGCGGCCACUUUGGGAUACGAUAUGUUUCCGAAACAUCGAUUCUCAGGUUACUUUAUGUUCCGCAAUCCGGAAUAUCUGAUUCAUGACCCUGCACUGGCGAAACAGGUGAUGAUCAAGGAUUUCGAUCACUUCACCGAUCAUACCAGCGUAUUUCCGGUUGAGGUUGAUCCCAUCAUCGGGCGAUCGCUGUUCUUCAUGGACGGUCAACGAUGGCGAAAUGGACGGUCCGGAAUGAGCCCGGCUUUCACAGGAAAUAAGAUGAGGAACAUGUUCACGUUGCUGUCGAAGUACACGGAUAGUGCUAUGCAACGAUUGGUCGAAGAUGCAGAGAAAAAUAAGCUCGAGUUGGAAAUUCGUGAUCUGUUCCAAAAACUGGGUAAUGACAUCAUUACCUCGAUUUCAUUUGGUCUAGACAUCGACUCGGUGCACAACCCCGACAGUGAAAUGUUCCAAAAGGGGAAACAGCUAGCAGGAACAACUGGUUUUCAAGGAUUCAAAUUUUUCCUUUCGAUGGCGUUGCCCUCUAGCAUUUAUAAGCUUUUUGGCAUUCGGUUGAUCACGAAGGACGUUGCUGACUUUUAUCUCGACAUCGUUACCAAUACCAUCAAGUAUCGCGAGGAGAAUAACAUUGUUAGACCAGAUUUCAUUCAUUUGUUCGUACAGGCUCGGAAGAAUGAACUUAAAGAAGAUAAAACGGAUGAAACUUUGGACAGUGCUGGAUUUACGACGGUUCAAGAACACAUUAAAUCUUCUUCGGAGAAUAGUAAAUAUUCGGACUUUGGAAUCACUGCAGUAGUAGCGUCAUUCUUUUUUGGGAGCAUUGAAACAACGAGUACCGUACUCUGUUUCGCCAUGUAUGAACUGGCAGCAAAUCCAGAAAUUCAACAGAAACUUCAAGAUGAAAUCAAAUUGGUUAGGGAUCAACUCAACGACAGCCCUCUGACAUAUGAGGUAUUGCAGAAAAUGAAGUACUUGGACAUGGUCGUUUCGGAAACUCUACGCCGGUGGCCACCAUUAGGAACUACCAAUCGAGUUUGUGUCAAACCGUACACGUUGGAAGACUAUGACGGAACACAAGUCACUAUUGAAAAGGGACAAGCUGUCCAGAUCCCAAUAAUAUCUUAUCACCAUGAUCCAGACUAUUUCCCAGACCCCUACCGAUUCGACCCGGAACGGUUUUCAGACGAAAACAGGGAUAAAAUCAAUCAGGACGCCUUUCUGCCGUAUGGCAGUGGGCCUCGGAAUUGUAUUGGCUCGAGGUUGGCAUUGAUGCAGAUCAAAAGCUUGCUCUUCUAUCUACUCACUAACUUUUCGGUGGAAUUCUCCGAGAAGAUGGACGUUCCGAUCAAGCUGAAGAAAAUGUCUAUGACAUAUACCGCUCAAAGCGGUUUCUGGUUCAAUUUAGUGCCGAAGAGUGUAGAAGUUUAAAGUUUUACCAGCUGAUAACAAAAACUUUUCCACAUGUUUUUCACACCUCUCAGUCAAUGCUAUAUUGUGCAAUCUGGUAAAAAUCAUGGAGAGUACCUCAUUUGGAAUAAUGCAGUUUGAUGUAACUCAAAAAUGCCCAUUUUUCAAAACUUCGUGAUUGCUAAUUAUU